UCGAUACCUGAUCGUCAGCAACACGUGGUAAGCCUUGAUGGCAUCGUUUCGUCUAUUAGUUAGGAUUUCUAUUGAUUUACAUAUAUAGUUGUGAUUUUAGUCAAAGAAAUGGAUUGAAUUUUGAUUCACUCAUAAUUGAAAAUAAGUUUUGCAAAAGUUGUUUUUGUAAAGAGAUUAAAAUGGCGGAACCAGUCAAAGAUAAAAUUGAAAUGAAUAGUUUGUUAGUGUCACCUGAUGAUUCGUCGUUCAUUAGCGAUCCUAAAACUUCUCUCCAUCUUCCAAGCCCGGGAACUUCGUACGGCAGUACACUAAGUGUGGGACCAGAGGCUUCUACUGCGAAUUUAUUAAAAAUUGAUUUAGAAAAGAAAUUAAGUCGUCAUACUGGAGAAGAAAGAGAGACAUGGGGAAACCGUGCAGAGUUUUUACUUUCUUUAAUUGGAUAUGCUGUAGGCCUAGGCAAUGUAUGGCGUUUUCCUUACCUUACGCAGAAAAAUGGCGGUGGGGCUUUUCUAAUUCCAUAUGCUGUUAUGCUGGCGAUUGAAGGAAUACCUCUUUUUUAUUUAGAGCUAGCGAUUGGACAACGAUUGCGCAAAGGUGCCGUUGGCGCCUGGAAUCAAGUUUCGCCAUAUCUUCAAGGAGUUGGUAUCGCCUCAGCAGCAGUAUCAUUUAACCUCGCAUUGUAUUAUAACACAAUUAUGGCAUGGUGUGUUUUAUAUCUCGUUCAAAGUUUUCAAAGUCCUCUUCCAUGGUCCACAUGUCCGACACAUAUCGAGGGUAACGUUACUAUUGUAGAUAAAGAAUGCCAGAUUAGCGGUCCAACGACAUAUUUUUGGUACAGAGAAACAUUAAAUGUAGCACCGUCAAUUAAUUCUAAAAGUGUACUUAACUGGAAAUUGGUGUUAGCACUGUUGGCAGCAUGGGUUGUUGUCUUUCUAUGUAUGGUAAAAGGCAUCAAGUCAUCCGGAAAAGUUGUAUAUUUUACUGCAACUUUUCCAUACGUAGUGCUUGUAAUAUUUUUCUUUCGUGGUAUUACUCUUCAUGGAUAUCAAAGUGGAUUAGAACAUUUGUUUAUACCGGAGUGGAAAAAGUUAGCCGAUCCACAAGUAUGGUUAGAUGCAGCAACGCAGAUAUUCUAUUCUUUUGGAUUAGCUUUUGGUUGUCUGAUUGCCCUGGCGUCGUAUAACCCAGUGCGGAGUAAUUUUGUUACAGAAGCGUUUUUUGUUACCAUUGCUGAUUUCUUUACAUCUAUAUUCACUGCCACAGUAGUAUUUUGUGUGUUAGGAUUCAAAGCUACUGCCACAUAUGAAGAGUGUUUGAGAGAUAAUAAUAGUACGAUGUCCAUAUCAGAUGGAAACGGAACAGUAACUAAGUGUGAUUUCAAAACUAUCAUUUCCGAGUCAGCUUCAGGUACUGGCCUGGCAUUUAUAGCAUUUACAGAAGCCAUUAAUCAAUUUCCUGUUCCACAAUUAUGGUCCGUUUUGUUUUUUCUGAUGUUGUUUACCCUAGGUCUUGACAGUAUGUUUGGCACUCUAGAGGGAGCACUGACUUCUAUUAAUGAUAUGAUGUUAUUUCCUACGGCAAGGAAGGAAAUUGUCUGUGGAAUUGUAUGUGGGACGAUGUUUGUUAUAUCACUGUGUUUUGCAACAACAACUGGGUCAUACGUGUUCGCCAUGUUUGACUCAUUUUCAGCCAACAUUCCACUGUUAAUCAUUGCUUUUAUUGAAUGUGUUGCGAUGUCAUAUAUAUAUGGUCUUAAGAGAUUAAGUUUGGAUGUAGAAAUGAUGGUUGGAACCCGUCCAGGUUACUUUUUCAUGUUUUGUUGGCGUUUUGUCGGACCUGUAGCAAUGGUUGUGAUUUUUACUGCAAGUAUAGUAGAGAAAUUAUCAAAUGGAACCUGGUAUGAAGUUUGGGAUUCUUCAAAAGGUUUUGCAGUUAUGUCCCCAUGGCCUGGAUGGUGUCAGGUCGUAGCAGCAUUAAUGAUUUUAUCAUCAGUCUUAUGGAUACCAGGUGUUGCAAUUGCUAAAUACUUUCGACUUAUUUCAUGGAAAGAAGAAGUUGCAUCAUAUUUCCCUGAAGAGGAAUUAAUCGAAGAAAGAGGCAUUGAACCACAUGAAGAUACUGUUAUAGAAAAAUAUUUGCUAGGAUUUAAAUAAUGGUAACGUUCAUAUGCAGCUUAUCACCUGAAUCAAUGGUUAGAACUUUAAUAAGUUAGAUGAUGAUACAUAUGAAGAAAAAUAUUUGCUAGGAUUUAAAUAAUAGAAACGUUAGUAUGCAGCUUAUUACUUGAAUCAAUGGUUAACGUUAGAACUUUAAACGUUAGAUGAAGAUACUAAUGAAGGAAAAUAUUUGCUAGAUUUUAAAUAACAGAAAUGUUAAAUAAAUAUGCAGCUUAUUACUAGAAUAACAUGAAUGUAAUGAUACCAAUUUACGUUAAAAAAAAAAAUACUGAAUGCAAUUGAUAAAAA